AUGAAUUCUCUAGGAUUCCUCACAGUUGGAGACAGCAAUACCAGGCCUGGAGAAGGAAGUUUCUUGCACGGCCAGAUCCCCUCUGAAAUUGGAACGAUGACUGAGCUUAGGUACCUACACAUCCGAUCAGGCCUGUUCACUGGUCCAAUUCCCACAGAGCUUGGCAUGUUGACAUCCCUCUUCACCCUGAGGCUCUCUGGCAACUCUUUUACUGGAGAAAUCCCAAGUGAACUUGCCUUGUUGACAUCCCCAUUUAUCUUUGAACUGAAGGACAACAUUUUGACAGGAUUGCUCCCAAGCGAAAUAGGAAUGAUGACACCAAUGAAGGUUCUGGAGGUCCAAAACAACCAGCUGUCAGGACCUCUUCCCACAGAGCUGCCGAUGAUCAAUGGUCUGUUUUGGCUAUAUCUUGGCAGCAAUAACUUCUCCGGAAACAUUCCAUCUGAGUACGGAAACAUGACGGAAUUGUUGCAGCUGGACAUUUCCAAUUUGCCUCUACUUACUGGGGAACUUCCUUCGGAGCUGUUGCUAAUGACAAGCUUGGGGUGGAUGAAUGCAUGCAGCUUUGUGGAUGUGAUUGUCUCUGCUCUAAUGCGACCUUGGAGUGAUUAG